AUGAGCCUCCCACUGAUCAUGAAACCAAGCUGCAGCUUUCCAACUGCCAUGGUGAAUUCAAUCAAGUUGACUCACUCCACCCUACCCACCACUCAGACUCCAAAAACACUGGUAGUCACCCCUCAAACUACUGCCACCCUUAUGUCACCCAGGUGAACUAUGACCACUACUCACGUGACCACACAGUCUAGGUUGACCACCACCUCAGGCACCUGUGACAGUGGUGGCACCUGGAUGCAGGGCCUAUGCCACUGCCCCUUGGGGUUCUUUGGGGACCACUGUACUGUGAACUCCGAGAUCAGGUGCCAGAAUGGAGGUAAAUGGGAUGGCCUCAAGUGCCACUGCCUUAGCAUCUUCUAUGGCUGUUGCGAGUUUGUAGUGGAAGAGGUGGAUCUGGAUGUUGAAGUGGGCAUGGAGGUUUCUGUUGACCAGGAGUUCUCCCCUGACCUCAAUGACAACACUUCCAAGGCCUACAAGGAUUUUAGUGACACCUUCCAGGAUCAGAUGCAGAAGACUUCCCAGAAUGUGCAGGGAUUCAAGGAUGUGGAGAUCCUGUCCCUAAGGAGUGGCAACAUUGAGGUGCACUGUCUUGUCUUGCUGGAGUUGCCCUUUAGCCUCCAGCUGGAGAGAGAGUAUGAGAAAGUGAAGACAGUCCUGAAAGAGGAGCUCCAGAAUGUCAGCCACAACAGGGACAGCUGCCAGAGUGACCAGAGUGAGCCAAGGCCAGAGGGAGGGGUUGGGCCCUGUGUUAAGCUUGACUCCAUCAAGGUGACCAACACCACCAGGAAGGAGCUGACCCUGGCAGGAGUGGUCCUGCUCUCCGGUGACGCCCUUAGCACACGCGAGAGCCCCGCCCACAGCCCACCCCGCCGGUCUACCAGCCGGCAGCCAACCCGCGGCCCCGCCCCUCGCCCCCCACCCCGACCCCGGUGGGGCCCCGCCCAGCUGCCUGAACAGGAGGGAGCCAAGUACGCUAGCGGACUCGGCCUGGACGAGUGGUGA